AUGAUUAGAGAAUAUCCGUCCAAGAUAUCAGAGGCUGGUCCAUCUACCACGAUGCGGGAUAGCUUGUUCACGUACCCCGUCGGGGUCAAACUUCUGAGCAGUCUCAUCAACGAAGUAGUCCUUCGUGCUCUGAAGAGCUCCGUCGUUGCUAUGGCGGAGUCGAUGCUCGCAGCAUAUGGUGCUGCACAGCUGAUCGUGGGCAAUUUCUUCGAACAGAGGGGAGCGAAUGAGACGAUCGAAGAAUUUGUAAUCAGGGAAAAGGUCUAUUUGGUUGCAAUUGCCGUGUUCAACGCCCUGGUCAUUCUCGCAGUUGUUCGGGAGGCACUAAUCACAGCCUCUUUCCGAGGCAGCGUGCUUUCCAAAUAUUCGGAGGCAGACGGCGAGGGCCGCGUGGUCCCAAAAGGUUUUCAGAAGGGGCCUCAUUUUUGCUACUCGCCUGUAGCGGAGUCCGAAAAGAACGAGGAAAGAUACAUAAGUAUAGUGUCGUAUAGUCACCAUAUGGGCAUCGACGCGCGUGAAUGA